UGGGACAUGGUGGAUCAGCUGGUCCAAGACUACACUAUCAACAUGAACUUCUACUGAAGUACUGUACUAUUUAAAACCACCAUUCCCGUAUUUGGAGCUGGCAGCUCUCAGUAGCUUCUCCAGACUAUAAUCAUGAGCGUAAUCAAGGCAGCCAAGGCAGCUUUACGUAAGGAAUUAAAGGCAAAGUUGAAUUCUUUAAGCAGUGAAGAGAAGGCCAGACAGUCCGUGAUAGUGCAACAGAAAACUUUGCAACAUGAACUGUACAAGAGAAGUCAGCGAGUGUCCAUAUUCUUGAGUAUGAACGACGAGAUACAGACUGAGCCCAUUCUUCGUCAUGCUCUUGAGACUGGCAAGACUUGCUUCAUCCCAAGAUAUGAUAGUAAGUCUACCUAUAUGGACAUGGUGCGUGUCAACUCUUGGGAGGAAUAUGAGUCCUUACCAGUGACAAAGUGGCAGAUUAAGCAGCCACCUCUGGACAAGCAGUGUGACAAAGCGCUUUCUUCAGGAGGACUCGACCUUAUUCUUAUCCCUGGAUUAGCCUUCUCAAAGGAAGGCCAUAGAAUGGGAAGAGGACGCGGCUAUUAUGACACAUAUCUGACAAAGUGUCGAGAGUUGCAAAACCAACCUCCAAGUACAGUUGCAUUAGCUUUUAAAGAGCAAAUUCUUCCAGAAAUUCCUACUGAGGACACAGAUAUGCCCAUUGAUAUAAUACUUACAGCAGAUUGAAUGAAUGUUGUAUAUUUGAUACAUUUUUGGAGGGUUGUUACUUAUUAUCCACUUCAGGUUUUACCAUAAAUUCAUUGGUUAUAAUA